AUGGCUCAACAAACGUAUCUCAUAUUAACGGCAGGAUUCCUCAUAAGAUGGGUGCUGCCUACGAUUUUCCCCAGCAUCACUACAAUCUUGGAUAAGUCGGUUUUGUUUUCGACGCCGAUUUCCUCGUUCCGUUCGCUUCAAGAAGGUAUAUUCCUGCUUUCCAACUCCAUCGAUCCUUACAAUGGAGAAAUUGUGCACUUUCCACCUCUUUUGUUGCUCGUUUUCUCCAAAAUAUCCCAAUUGGACCUCGUAUUCGCCGCCCUAGACACACUUACAGGCUACUUGCUGGUCCAAAUCAACAAAAAGACAAACUAUUCUGCAAAAUACAGUUCGUGGAUCAUUGCAGCAUUCUAUGCGCUCAACCCGCUGGCAAUUCUUACCACCCUGUCCAAAUCGACCACAGUGAUCAAUAACCUGACCCUGCUAUAUGUGUUCCACCAGGUCCUCUCGAAAAACUAUAAAUCUUCAGUGAUCUCGUUGGCAGUGUCGUCCUAUCUCACUUAUUACAACUGGUACUUUGUGGUUCCGGUGCUGUACUCGAUAUACCAAAAUACGGCCUCGAAGCACGCGGUUAUUCGCUCGAUUGCGCUAUACCUUGCAUCGAUAAGCGCACUGCUGUACUCCAGCUAUGUGCUUACCAACAACUCAUUCAGGUUCCUUUACCUCAACUACUGUUCCACCGUGCUGUUCAAGAAAAUCAUACCCAACAUUGGAUUGUGGUGGUACUUUUUCACCGAGAUCUUUGAGUUCUUCAACAGUUUUUACUUGGCGGUGUUUAAUAUCUACUCGUUCAUCUUUGUGAUCCCGCUGACGCUCCGGUUCCCCAACGACCUGUUGUUUGCCUCCUGGAUCCUCAUAGGGUUUCUGAACUUUGCCAAGCCGUAUCCAACGGUGACCGACCUGAAUCUUUUCUACUCCAUGUUGAUUGUGUUCAAAGUGUACUACAAAAAACUGAAAUUUUCUCCGUUUUUGAGUUAUGUGGGGAUCACAAUAAUUCUGACAUUAUUGCCGGUGUUUUACUACGUUUGGAUGUGUCUGAAUUCUGGAAAUGCAAACUUUUUCUACGCUAUCGGGUUGGUGCUCAGUGUGCUGCAAACCAUUAUCGUUUCGGAUUUCCUUUGGUCCAAGAUCCAAACAGAGUACUUCCAGGAACAGGGUCUGGAUCUUGAUGCUAUUGUCAAGCUGACCCAGAUAUGA